UUAUGGUUCAAACAUCAGUCAGCUAGCGUCCGUUGUGCAGUGCGGUACAGUUGAACAAUAUUCAGAGAAAAGCUCAUCCUACCCAAGGUGUGCUAUCGUUUCGCCAGUUCCUAUUUCGAGCAGUUCAGUGCAAUUCGUACAAUUUUACGCAGCAAAAUGGCCUUCAAGUUUGUAGUAUUUGCAUCGCUGGUUGCCUUCGCCGCGGCCUUCCCCGGCGGAUACGGAGACUACUACGGUUCGGAGCAUCAGCUGGAGGGCGGACAUCAGUAUGGACAGGUGGCGCGCAUUUCGCUCGGUGACGGCCAUGGACACCACGAGUAUCAUGAGGAUGAGCACGUCGACUACUAUGCUCCACCGAAGUACGCUUUCAAGUACGGAGUUAACGACUUCCACACCGGUGACGUGAAGUCGCAGCAUGAAACGCGCGACGGUGAUGUCGUCAAGGGUCAGUACUCGCUCGUGGAACCGGACGGUUCUGUGCGCACCGUUGACUACACCGCCGACAAGCAUUCGGGCUUCAACGCGGUGGUACACAAGACGGCUCCGGUUAGCCACCAUCAGGGUGGCCACUACUAAAGGCUCCCGUUUUUUAAAAGGGAACGCGAACUGCCCCAGCCCCGUAAAGGGCAUCUUAGUGCCUAGGACCAAUGUGUAGCCCAGUAGUCUUCUCACGUUCUCACUUCCGUCUCGCUCCACUGAAACUUCAGCAAACGACUUAGGAUCUUCCACGAGAACCCUUUUGCCAAACGGUGGCGGAGUGGCCAAACAUCUGUGUGAACGCUCGCGGGGAAAACAUUCACGGACAUCGACCGUCCGAUGCAGCCCUUUUCCAACCAAAAUCCAUCGAAUCAACUGUGAUAUUAACAAAUUCUGCCACGGAAGUCAGAUGGUGUACCGGUGUGGCCUUGCGCGGGCCAGCAUUCAUCUGACCAGAGGCCAGCCAAGAUGUGAAGAAGGAACAAAUUGAGAUGAAAAUUCAACCUCCAAUCGAUGGAGCGGAAAACUGUACGAAUGAGUUUCCCCGUGAGCCACGUGCCGGACAGCUUACGUAAUGCAACCGUCCAGCAAAUAGUCAGCAUGGUGCUCGAGAACCGGUUCGCUAAGAUUGUCUUCCUGGGGCCCGGUACAUUUCCUGGAUUACGCAAACCAACCAUCGCCACCCCGGUCACGUUCGCCCGGGAGGAUCGCGGAACCGUGAAAAGACCCUUGUUGCGUGUGUGUUACACGGCUCGUGUACGUGCCCGGUUCGACACAUGCUUUCCCUAUCCCCGUUGGACGAGAUUGGCACGCGAUAGUCAGCUGCUGCGUUUGCAAACGAUGGUUCCAUCCAUCGUAGUAGUUCAUACCGUUAUCACACUGCACUCCGCCCCAUUUCCAUCUCGUGAGACUCAUGUUGACUUGUAUUUAUGUAAUUAUUAUGUUUGUUUUGUUAUCUGUUAUCAAAGCGAAUAAAGAGGAAGUCAAAAUGUA